GUUUGGUGCACAGACGACGUUACAUCUAUACGAUUACGCGAAAAAAGUUAUCGGAUAUCGUCACACGACUUUCUUUCGUUCGUGUCCUAAUCAAAACACAACGCACUUCGUUAUUUCCAACGUCACUUCCUGAGAUCUCUGCCCAACUUUGUUUUGUAGACACGGGAAAACCCCACUGACGAGAUAUUCGUGCGUAAAUUCGUUAUAGGAUAGGUCGAUAAACAACCCGAGUUACAUCAAACUGGCAGCACAAUUGUUUACCAGUUUGACUGGCAACAAAAACAAACGAACAUGAAAUAAGACUGCAGAUAUUAGUUUCCUUCCAGGUCUAGGCCCCACGUGUGCCGGUAACCAUAUACAUACACGUACACCAAGCAAACGAAGAAAUAAUCUAAAUAGGGUCGAUUCCAAAUGAAAAUGGACACUUACUUUGCUCUCCGUGGAAUUAGCAGCUCGGGCAACACCCAGUUGUUAUUGUGUAGGGGAUUCAAACACUCGGAUGUCCGUGGAUGUGAGAGAUAAAAUCCGCCAUAAUCUUUUGCCUAUCGUUAGGCAAAAGGCAAAGUUCGAAAACGCCACUGUUGGUGAGCAGACAGCACUCAGCAGCGAUGAUGGCGUCGUCUGCUGAAGUUCUCGUAGCAACAAUCAAACUAGACACUUUCAACAGUUGUAAAUGACGUGUUCAAUCAGUUAGACCAUUCAAACGUGAAGAAUAUACGUGGAACUAGUCGAUUUUCUUCUUCUUCAAUUCACCAACCUGCAAAUACAAAGGAGUAUUAGAAGAUAAGUCAAUUUGAACUUUGGCAUUCGUGGUAGUUUUAAUUGAUUAUGAAAGCUUGUAGAGUUGUGGUGUUGCACACAAAUGAUUACUGGGAAUCUAGCCCUGGGACUUUGCCUCAAACUAUAUUACUUUGGUUGUUCAACUUUCUUACUCUAUUGUGAGGUAGAAUAUUUGAGAAAUUCAAACUUGACAUUCAUUUGUGUGAACCAUUUUCGUGUUGUACUUUGGUGUAGUAGUAGUCUGUCUGUCAGAUUAUUAUUCAAACCCAUAGAAAUUGCUGGGGUACAAGGGAUCGAGUAGAAGCUCAGGGUAGAUCUAUUAAAGCCACAGAUCAUUUGGUGGUAGACUAAUAAUACGAAGAAAUCUUGCCAAGAAAACUGGCCCCAAGCCAAAGGAAAGGCAAUUCACCAUCCUAAUUAAAACAUGAUAGAACUAUAUACAUAAUACAUUACUACGUAAUUUGAUGCAACUCCCGACCAAAAAGAAAUUCCGGCUAGUGGCUAUCUGUCACGACAUCUAACUGGGUGGGGCGCUAAUCAGUGUUAAUGUUGAUUAGAGUGACAUUGCGGACGACGGGAGUCGUGGCGUGAGUGAAAGAAAUAGUCCUAAAAAAAUCUUUGGCUGAUGUUUUACAUUAGUAGAAUUUCGUGAAUGGUUAGCGUGACGAAUAAAUCUGCGCUCAGCUGCUCGGUCGAUGGUCGCAAAGUUGUCAGUUGUCUCGACAACUGGGCAACUUUGUUUCGCUUUCGCUGUUGUCCGGUAGCGUCCAGCAGGAAAACGGGAUCAUUUCUCGUGACUUGACAGUUAGACGGGGGCACUCUACGACGUAGGAUAUUACACAUGUUUCGAUUUCCAUUUGACUGAACUAAAAAGGACAGGGGGUGCGAUGUCUAGUCGAGCGAAUGUUGAAAGUCUAAUUUCCCCCCCAAUUACGACAGAGACGAGUUUCGACCUUUUAAUCAUCCGGGCGGAGGAAAUCAUUAUUUUCCCUCCUUUGAUUUCAUAUUCAAAUCGACUAACGAGCAAAGGCGAUAACAACCCGUGUAAUCAACUGUUAUGCAAUACUUGUUCUCGCUUUCCUUGAUUAAAGGCCGUGUUGUGUCUGCACACCUCCGCACCCUGUAGCGUGAUCCACCGCAAGGGAUCCUUUUUUCCCCCCCAUACAUUCGCUAUAAUGGGGUGGGGGGGGGGGCAUUAUUAAAAGAACUAGCGCAUAAACUAACAGCUGUUUUGUUGACUCGCUACUUUACUUGCGUGCCGUCAAUAAGUGACGAGUUGGUAGUUUCGUGUUAUUGAUAAGCGUCGCAUAUAGAAAACACGACCGGAACACGCCAUCACACAAGCCAACGGUCGUGAAUACAACCCGUUACCGUACCAGUUUUUGACGGAACGAACGUCGGGGGGAAAAAGGCCGGAACUGCUGUGCAGAGUCGGACGGAUGAUGGAAGAGGAAAUGGAUUCCAUUUCAGGUCAAAGCUCCUCUCAACUCUAUACAGCAUACAUACACCACACCGUCGCGUAUUGAAUACGUGUCUAAGUUGUUGUUGAGUUGAUAUUAAAAGGGUGGGGGUCCAUUACCCAACAUAAAAUACUUGGGUAGGGUUAUAUUAUUGCCCGUCAACCGUAAAGCUGGAAUCUUUUUCCCUUCUGGAAACCGCAUCUUGGAAUGAUCUGCUAUAGCCGUGUCUAUAAUAAAGUCGGGGCCGGUGUGUUGUACACUGCCAAUAUCCAAAGCAAUAACACGCUCCUCUGGCUUGUUGAUUGAUCUUUCUCCUCGUCCCAUACAAUGGCGAAUCUCGGCGUAAUAAUUACAAAAUAAAAAUAAAAGAUCCCUGGCUGCUGCUGCUGUUGUCUCGUAGGAUAUUGAUUUUUCGCAGUAAAUAUUUUUCUUUUUCCCCGUUAUUAUUUAAAAAAAAAAGAUAUUUAAUCAAUAACAAAACAAAAAAAACUGGCUUUGUUAUUUGUCAUUCCCUUUAAAAAAUUAAAAAUAAAAAGACGCUCAUUUUCCCAGAAUAUUUUUGCCGCUAAAGGCUAAAGCGUGUACGUGCAAGAAUUGCGUAGGGCGUCGUACAGAGUUGAUGCAGUGAUUGCGUUCGACACGUGUGUGGUUCCCAGUCCAUCGCUUUUAUAAUCAGCGCCUCAACGUGAAGAAUAGAAAAGGCAAAAUUCCUCGAAGAAGACGAAUAUAAAAUACAUCUUCGACAUUACAAUUCACAUGUCGCUAUGCGUUCACAUCAAAAGAGACGAGCUGCUCUGUUGGUUUAAUCAAAGAGGAUGAUGAGUUUCCACGUAACCAAACUCAGGAGGGGGGGGGGCGGUUCGUUGGGUGUGAAUGAAGCGGAUGAGAAAAUUCAAAAUCUUUUGGCUUAAAAAUAAUUUAUCCUUCGAUGAAGAAAAUGAAAGAAAAAUCUUGGAAAAUGGCAGAGCAGAAAUCACGUUGAAAUCCACCUUUGAUGUGGGUGUGUGUGUGUUGCUUUUAUUGUGUUGACUCUCCAGAGACUUCCCACCUACCAAUCUCGAGAUGAUUUUAUUCUUCACCACCACCACCACCCACUCAUCACCAUAGGUUUCAACUCAUUAUCUGACGAUACCGAAAAAUCGGAAUCCAACCGUUGCCAUGGUGACGCGAAAUAUUUUGUUUUUUAAAUGAAUAAUGUUUCGUCUAGUUCCGGUGACAUUCGGUUGAUUGCGACAGAACUGCAAAUGACAGAUUUUGAGUUACUCUUUUGGGGGUAACGAACAAUUAUAGAAUAACUGUGACACAACAUUGACAGCAGUUGGACCAAUUUCUUCUUUCCCAGGUUAUUUUUAGGUGCCGCUGAUUGCGGGGCCUGACUUCCGAAUUUCCUACGACAGACAGCUGUAUCAAAAAAUAGUCACGAUGAUGAUGUACGAAGAUGACGGAGCCAACGUGAGCAGCACCAGUUUGCUGUUGACGACCGGUGGUGCUGGUGCCGCUGGCCUGAAUAACAACCCCAACUAUUUGGAGAGCAGCAACGGCAGUAAUUGGACCAAUUGGACUGGCGAGUCGGAGGAUUACUUGAAGAGCAGCCCGGCCGUCCAGGUCCACAUUUACAUUUUGUACGCCGUCAUCUUCACCGUGGGAUUGGUGGGCAACGUCCUAGUAGUCUUCGUCGUGGCCCAAAACAAAGCCAUGCAAACCGUCACCAAUUGUUACAUCGCCAAUUUGGCCCUGUCCGACAUUUUACUCUGCGUCCUGGCCGUCCCCUUCACGCCACUCUACUUUUUCCUCAAAGAGUGGAUUUUCGGCAAAAUCCUGUGCCACUUGGUGGCCUACUCACAGGGGACAUCGGUGUACGUGUCGACGCUGACGUUGACUUCGAUCGCCAUCGACCGUUUCUUCGUCAUCUUGUAUCCGUUCCGCCCGCGGAUGAAAAUGACCACCUGCUGGAUCACCAUCUGCAUCAUCUGGCUGGUGGCACUCUGCGCCACACUGCCCUACGGCAUUUUCGUCGACAUUCGAAUCAUCUCAAACGUCACGUACUGCGAGGAGAGCUGGACGUCGGAUUACGACCGGCAAAUCUACGGAGCCGUCACGUCCGUCAUGCAGUUUGUCGUCCCGUUCGUCAUCAUGGCCUUCGCCUACACCAAGGUGUCGCUCAAAUUGGCCGACCGCAGCCGUGAAAAGGCCAAAAUCCGUCUGAGGAGUUGCCGCGGUGAGGAGCUGGAUCGCGAGCGCAAGCGACGCACUAAUCGCAUGCUGAUUGCCAUGGUGACCAUUUUCGGAGCCUCAUGGAUGCCCCUCAAUCUCAUCAACUUGCUCAACGACCUCUACGCCGAAUACGGAAUGGCCUGGUGGAAAUACUACAACCUUUGCUUCUUCUUGGCUCACACGAUCGCCAUGUCGUCCACCUGCUACAACGUUUUCCUCUACGCCUGGCUCAACGACAACUUCCGCAAGGAGCUCAAACGCAUUCUGCCUUGCUUCCCAGCGCCGGCCGCUUCAUCCAGCACCGGCGGCGUCGUCGGGGCCGCCAGCGUCAUGAAUCCUGUCCCAGGAUCGAUGCCCAUCGACGCUGCAGUCUCGGCCGCUAAUCAGAAACGCUCAGUCAACGGCGACCAGCAACGCGAUGCCACUCGCUCCAAUCCAAUGAAUCAAUCGCCCCAGUCAGAUUCUGAGGGUGAUGCUGAAUGUGCUACAUCAUGUGUGCAGAUCCUGCUUCCGGGCGAGACGGAAGACGGAGAACUGAUGAAUCACGACGACGACGACUAUCAGCCGACGUUUGAAACGGCCGCCAACGCCACAUCGCCCGUUACUUCGGCUGAUGGAAAAGCCACCACCAACAACGUCGAGCGGAAUCAAUGGCAACAGCAGCAGCAACAACCGUCUGUCGUGAUUGAACUGACCCCCAUGACGUAUUCGCCGGUAACAUCCGACACCUGCCCGCAGUGCUCCUCGUCGGCGGCCAAGACGUCGUUCAUGACAUUUGACGAGUUGGCAGACGCCAGCGCCCUCAUUAUCACUAAUAGCCCUGCAGCAGCAGCCAACAACCCAUCCGCCGCAGCCGUCACCAACUGUUAACAGCUGCCAAAAACUUGUACACAACUAGUCCACCAUCACAUCACAAACAGCAGCAGCAACAAAUUGUAAAUGUCAAUCAAUGUUUUUAUUUUUCAUCCAUUUUUCUCCACUUCCGGUUUUUUAAAGGGGCGGCUGCUACUACGCUGUACAUUGGCCAAAUUUUGUUUCUUUUCAUAUCUCAAUGUGUGUACAUAUAAAUAUAGAGCCCUACUAUUAAAUAUAAUUCGUCAAUGAUUUCGUGUUCAAUCACCAUACAAAUUAAGUGUGCUGUUCUCUCGUUCGAUGGAUCCUUCUUCUUUUGAUCGUUAUUAUUUUGGUCGUUUAAAUUGAAAAAAAAAUAAAAAAAUCCUGUGCUUUGAUUGUCACGCCAAGGAAAUACAUAAUCGAUAACGUCA